GAAAAUCACUCAAGAGCAUCUUAGAAAUUAUCUUAGAGAAUGUGGAAACCAAAGUAUCAGUAUCAAGAAGGGAACCUAGCUUGCUUAUGCCAUUGAAAGAACAAGACACAUCUGGAGCAUUAAAAUUAGUCACAGAUAAUAUUAAUAUGUCUCUGGAUUCUUCUUCCUCAAAAACAGAUUAUAAUUUCCUUGUCUGUGGUGGUGCAGCUGGGAUAG